UCCGGAGUCUGCGGCGGGGGCGGAGCGGCCGCGGACGCCCGGUGCCCGCCGCACUCCCGGCGCUGCCCCCCGGUCCCUUGGACCCCCCCCCCCCACCCCCUUCCCAUAGCCCGGGGGUCGCGGGUUCGAAUCCCGGCGGGGACAUCGGCCCCGGGGAUGGGCCUGGGGUGAGGCGGAGGGCGGCGGGUGCGGGCCCCGCCGGGCUCCCGGCCCUCAGCGUGGGGCUGGCCGGGCCGCAUGUGCCCCGAGGCAGCACGGAGCCGCAGCCCGAGCAGGGAGCCGGGGUGGUGGCGGCUGAGGAGAAGAAGAAAGAGAAGGAGGAGGAGGAGGAGAAGGAGGCGGCGAUGGAGGGGCUGGCAGGGUACGUCUACAAGGCAGCCAGCGAGGGCAGGGUGCUGACCUUGGCCGCCCUGCUGCUGAACCGCUCCGAGAGCGACAUCAAGUACCUGCUGGGCUACGUCAGCCAGCACGGCGGGCAGCGCUCCACACCGCUCAUCAUCGCCGCCCGCAACGGCCACGCCAAGGUGGUGAGGCUGCUCCUCGAGCACUACCGCGUGCAGACCCAGCAGACGGGCACGGUGCGCUUCGACGGCUUUGUCAUCGAUGGAGCGACAGCUCUCUGGUGCGCAGCGGGGGCCGGGCACUUCGAGGUGGUCAAGCUGCUGGUGAGCCACGGCGCCAACGUCAACCACACCACGGUGACCAACUCCACUCCCCUGAGGGCUGCGUGUUUCGACGGCAGGCUGGACAUCGUCAAGUACCUGGUGGAGAACAACGCCAACAUCAGCAUCGCCAACAAGUACGACAACACCUGCCUCAUGAUCGCGGCCUACAAAGGCCACACGGACGUGGUGAGGUACCUGCUGGAGCAGCACGCCGACCCCAACGCCAAGGCCCACUGCGGCGCCACGGCCUUGCACUUCGCGGCCGAGGCCGGCCACCUGGAGAUCGUCAGGGAGCUGGUCAAGUGGAAGGCGGCGAUGAUGGUCAACGGGCAUGGCAUGACCCCGCUGAAGGUGGCCGCUGAGAGCUGCAAGGCCGACGUGGUGGAGCUGCUGCUGGCUCACGCCGACUGUGACCGGAGGAGCCGGAUCGAGGCGCUGGAGCUGCUGGGCGCCUCGUUUGCGAACGACAGGGAAAACUACGACAUCAUGAAGACCUACCACUACCUGUACCUGGCCAUGCUGGAGAGGUACAGAGACAGCGAGAACAUCAUCGAGAAGGAGGUUCUUCCGCAAAUCGAGGCCUACGGAAACAGGACUGAAUGCAGAACUCCUCAGGAAUUAGAGUCGAUAAGGCAGGACAGAGAUGCCCUUCACAUGGAAGGCCUCAUUGUGCGGGAGAGAAUCCUGGGCUCGGACAAUAUCGAUGUGUCUCACCCCAUUAUUUACCGGGGGGCUGUGUACGCAGACAACAUGGAGUUUGAGCAGUGUAUCAAGCUGUGGCUCCAUGCCUUGCAUCUGAGGCAAAAAGGCAACAGGAACACGCAUAAGGACCUCCUGAGGUUUGCCCAAGUCUUUUCUCAGAUGAUUCACUUAAACGAGCCCGUUAAAGCCAAGGACAUCGAGAGUGUCCUGAGGUGCAGCGUCUUGGAAAUAGAGCAGGGCAUGUCCCGGAUCAAAACCACCCAGGACGCUGACAUCCACACAGCCAUGGACAACUACGAAUGCAACAUUUUUACCUUCCUGUACUUAGUCUGCAUCUCCACCAAGACCCAGUGCAGCGAGGAGGAUCAGUCGCGGAUCAACAAGCAGAUUUACAACCUGAUUCAUCUUGAUCCCAGGACGCGGGACGGCUCCAGCUUGCUGCAUCACGCCGUCAAUUCCAGCACGCCCGUGGACGACUUCCACACGAAUGACGUCUGCAGCUUUCCGAACGCGCUUGUCACAAAGCUCUUGCUGGAUUGUGGUGCCGAUGUGAACGCUGUGGACAACGAAGGAAACAGCCCGCUCCACAUCAUCGUCCAGUACCACCGGCCCAUCAGCGACUUCUUGACAUUGCAUUCCAUCAUCAUUAGCCUGGUGGAGGCUGGUGCUCACACAGACAUGACGAAUAAGCAGAAGAAAACCCCCCUGGAUAAAAGUACAACGGGGGUGUCUGAAAUACUCCUUAAAACUCAAAUGAAGCUGAGUCUCAAGUGCCUGGCUGCCCGAGCAGUACGGAUCUAUAACAUCAGCUACCAAAACCAGAUCCCCAGAACUCUGGAAGAAUUUGUCAAGUUUCACUAGGCCACAUAAGAUCUUUCAUGGUGGUGCUAUCCCAUCACGACAUCCGUUGCAGACCACAGAAUAUAUGUGUGUACAUGGAGUUGUGUUUCUCUCUUCUGUCACUUUGGUUCCUUUGGAUUCAGUCUGCAGCCUCAGUUCUCAUGCAGAUCUCGGGGGGGAAAAAAAAAGCCACAAAAUUUUCCUGUAGUCAAAUCUGGUGUUGGAGGUUUUGGUCAUUUCUUUUAAUUAAACAAAGUAAUAACUGUUUUGUUAUCUCUUGUUUUUAUAAACAAAAGGAAAAGAUUCCCGAUAUAACUGGUGCAGAAUGUUUUGUUUCAAACACACGUCUCUGCUGAAGAUUGCUUUAAGUAGUUAUACACAAAGGCACUUCUGAAAGCCCUUGUCACGCUGCUGCUGAGGCAGUGGCUUUACAAAUUUUAAAACUUCCUGAAGUGAGGUAGGAUUAAAAAAAAAAGGAAAUUACGUGGUAGUUAAAAAUGAAGUCUCAACAUACAGAGCAGUCCGCUGCUCUCAUACCUCGCCGUCUUUUUAUGCCUUUCAGUUAAUGCUGAAGAUGUUGGUAACAUCUGAGUUUUAUUUUAUUUUUUAAAUUAAAUUUUGAACAGCAGUUAUCAACAGCUACAGAAGUAAGGAAUGCUCUGUUAGGAAAUACAGGUUUAAAUUCAGCUGUGGUGUAUUCAUCUAAUAAAAGUUGAAACAUCAAGCUCUCCGCUUCCAAUGCUACAGUAAAUACGGAAUAACUUUUGAAAAAUGAACUUGCACAUUGAUCUAAACGAACCAGAACCAUGGUUUCUUUUUACGUAGCUAAGUUGCUCAUAUAUAAAGAACAUGCAUGGAUACCUAGAAAUUUUAUAGGGUAUUUGUGUUUGUGUGUGUCCCAACAUUUCAAAAUGCUUUCAACUUGUUUUUGUUGUUCCAAUGAUCAACACGCACCUUUUUUUGACUCAAAGUAUGUAAAAGUGCACUCUGGAUUCCAAAUGCUGUAUCUUCCUAAUGGAGUAGUCUGUCGCCAAAGAGAGUCUUCCUUUGGAGCGUGAUACUGCUUGAAGCUGGUUUUUCCAACAAGCGUGGAGUCUGUGCCUCCCCGAAUUGGACUGGAGAAUUUUUCAUGAUUUUUACUCCUUUCAUUAUGAAAAUCUCUAUUAAAACUGAUUUUUAAAAAAUUGUCCUAUCAUAAGAUCUUUUAUGAUAAGCAACUGAUUGUAUAUUAAAACCGUUGCUUGAGAAAGUACUUCUCCUUGGUAGAAGUUGCAGAUGCUCCAACAGUAAAAUGUCACUUGUUUUGACAGGCUACUGAGAACUCUGUUUAUUUUAAACGCAGCUUUUUAACUGUCAGAAGAUGAAAGAAUGUUCUGUAGGUUUUUUUUAAACUAUCCGGGUAGAACUUUAAGGCAGGAUUUGGGCACACGUUUCUAUUUGUAUUACAAAUAAAUAAACAUUGAAUGUGGAA